AUGCGCGCCCCAUCCCCGCUCGUCCUCCGGAGCUUGGGCUCGCGUGCUGGACUACACAAUUAUCGCCCAGCAAACCUCCAACUGCCCAAACCCCUCGUCCGCAUAUCCUCACGAUCAGUCGCCAGCUACACGCAUCCCCACCAUGCGUCCGCACUCUCAGUCCUCCCCACGGCAGUGGACACCUCCUCGCCCGAGUACAAAGAGAACACCCAGCAGAUGCAAGAACUUCUCGACCGCAUGAGCACCCGCGAUAAGCACGUCGCCCGCGGCAAGAUGUUGCCCCGUGAUCGUGUCUCGGCGCUGAUUGACCCAGGCACCUCCUUCCUGGAGCUAUCCCCGCUUGCCGGGCAUGAAGUGUAUGAAGGGGAGGACGUGCCUGCGGGAGGUAUUAUUACAGGCAUUGGGAGUGUGGAGGGGGUGAAUUGUAUGAUUGUGGCGAAUGAUAGCACCGUCAAGGGUGGUACCUAUUACCCGAUUACGGUGAAGAAGCACCUCCGCGCGCAGGCUAUUGCCCAGGAGAACCGGCUGCCGUGUAUUUACCUGGUCGAUUCGGGCGGUGCCAAUCUCCCGCACCAGGCUGAUGUGUUCCCGGAUCGUGACCAUUUCGGCCGUAUCUUCUUCAACCAGGCGCGGAUGAGCUCUCUUGGUAUUCCGCAAUUGUCGGUUGUCAUGGGGCCCUGCACUGCUGGUGGCGCCUACGUGCCCGCAAUGAGUGAUGAGACUAUCAUCGUCGAGAAUCAGGGUACUAUCUUCCUAGCGGGCCCGCCUCUGGUCAAGGCUGCUACGGGUGAAGUCGUCUCUGCGGAGGACCUGGGCGGUGGCCAAUUGCACUCCACCAUCUCUGGUGUGACAGAUUACCUGGCCGUGGACGAUGCGCAUGCCCUCGUCCUCGCUCGCCGCUCAGUGGCCAACUUGAACUACCCUUCCACGAAACUUCCACAACAGCUCGAGAAUGCGGUUGUCAAAGAGCCUCUCUAUGACCCCGCUGAGCUGAAUGGCAUCGUUGGCACGAACCUGCGCCGCCAGAUCCCAGCGCACGAAGUUAUCGCACGCAUUGUGGAUGGUAGCGAGUUUGCCGAGUUCAAGCGCGAUUAUGGUACCACGCUGGUCACUGGGUUUGCAAAGAUCCACGGCCACAGAGUCGGCAUCGUGGCCAACAACGGUAUCUUGUUCUCCGAGUCCUCGCUCAAGGGCGCCCAUUUCAUUGAGCUGUGCGCUCAGCGCCGUAUUCCUCUCGUCUUCUUGCAGAAUAUCUCGGGUUUCAUGGUUGGUGCCGAUGCUGAGAAGGGCGGUAUUGCAAAGAAUGGGGCCAAGUUGGUGACGGCCGUCGCGUGUGCUGACGUGCCCAAGUUCACGGUGGUCUUUGGCUCGAGUGCUGGUGCUGGUAACUACGGCAUGUGUGGCCGUGCCUACUCCCCUCGAUUGAUGUUCAUGUGGCCCAACUCCAAGAUCGGAGUCAUGGGCUCCGAGCAACUUUCCUCCGUCAUGGAAGCGGUUGGCAAAACCGCUGAUCCCGCCCUCAAAGCUCGGAUCGACCACGAAUCCGAGGCUAUCUUCUCAUCUGCCCGCCUUUGGGACGAUGGUGUGAUUCCCCCGGCGCAAACGAGAAAGAUGCUGGGACUUGGCUUGGCUGCCGCUCUUGGCGGAAAGGAGGAGCCAGAUAUACAGACCCGAUUCGGAGUGUUCCGGAUGUAG